AGGCACAAUUUUGCAAUUAAAUAUACAGAAAUAUUUCACAAUUACCUCUCUGUCUCCCACACCCACAUGCCCCGCGUCAAGGAAUCUCACUACUAUCCUUCCAUUCUACCAAACUCCACGCUCAGCCCUUAAACUUUGUUGACGCAGUGCACACCGCGUCCUUUAUUAAUACUUUGCAACCCUACACAAACCAAACCGCAGUGAACAGCCAUGAGACUAGCCACCAUUCUGCAUCUCGCCAUCAUUGCCGUCCUGAUCACCGCCGCCACGUCCCAGGCUCCUCCCAUUAGAUACAUCAACCACACCGUUGGCGACAACGCCGGCUGGUUCUUCAAUUCCACCACCAACACCACUGUAACUAACUAUUCCUCUUGGGCUGCCUCCCAAACCUUCAAUCUCGGCGACUAUCUUAUUUUCAGAACGAGCUCCAAUCAGACAGUGAUCCAGACCUACAAUCUGACAACAUUCAAAAACUGCUCAAUCGACCACUCCUCUGAUAACGAUACGUUUGUCUAUAACGGAGGCAACACGGUGUUCGAUCAAGCGUUGACCAUACCAGUACCGUUGACUAUUCAAGGUCCGAAUUAUUUCUUCUCUGAUGCUAAUGAUGGCAUUCAAUGCCAGUUUGGAUUGGCCUUUGAGAUCAACAUCAAUCGCGGCCUUGGAUUGCCUCCCAGUCUUAAUCAGCCGCCUCCUCCUCCCUACAGGGAGCCCCCCGGUCCUGACUCGGCUUCUCCGCCAAUUACUAUUCCAGCCGGAGGGCUAGGAAAUGAGGGGUUUAAAAAUGGGUUAAGCGUGCACGUGAUUGCGUGUGCGGUUUUUUUUGCUUUGCUGGCAGUCAACGGUGGGAUAGGGGUGGUGUUUUCUUAAAUUGUUUGUGUUGUUUCGUAAUUAGAUACGCGAGUCGGCAGACGGGGAUAUUUUCCGGUGUUUGGAUGUUAGUGUAUGGAAGAGCUUUUCAUGGAUAAAUUUAUUCUUCAAUGGAGGACAGAUUAUUU